AUGGAGUCUCCCAGAAUUAAUAUCAAAGUUAUCAUUUCUCUAUUUUGCUCUUAUAUGCUUUCGUCACAUUAUAUCACCGCUUUGAGGCCUGCCUUGGCUAUAAAAGAGUGUGAAUUUCCAGCAAUCUUUAACUUCGGAGACUCAAAUUCAGAUACUGGUGGAUUGGCUGCAUCCAUUUAUCCAUCACCACCACCUUAUGGAGAAACCUAUUUUCAUAUUCCGGCUGGAAGAAUCUCGGAUGGCAGGCUCAUAAUCGAUUUUCUUGCAAAGAAUCUUGGUCAACCCUUUCUAAGUGCAUAUCUGGAUUCACUUGGGGCCAACUUCUCGCACGGUGCAAAUUUUGCCACUGGAUCUUCGACCAUCAGAUUGCCAAAUCGCAUUUUACCAGCUCCUGGUGGAUAUAGUCCCUUCACCCUCACUAUUCAAUACUCGCAGUUCUUGCAACUAAAAAACAGAUCACAACUCAUUAGGGAUCGAGGGGGAAUAUUUGCAAGUUUGAUGCCCAAGGAGGAGUAUUUUUCCAAAGCCUUGUACACAUUUGACAUUGGCCAGAAUGACCUUGGAGAAGGGUUCUUUGCUAACUUGACUAUUCAACAAGUCAAUGCAUCUAUUCCUGAUAUAAUCAGUAGCUUCUCAGCAAAUAUUAAGAAAAUAUAUGAUUUGGGAGGGAGAUCAUUUUGGAUCCACAACACUGGGCCAAUUGGCUGUCUCCCUUACAUCUUAGCCAAUUUCCCAUCUCAAAAGGAUGAGGCUGGCUGUGCAAAGUCGCACAAUGAAGUAGCUCAGCAAUUUAACCACAACCUGAAGGAGGCUACAGUUCAACUUAGGAAAGAUCUACGUUUGGCUGCAAUUACUUAUGUAGACGUCUAUUCAGUCAAAUACUCUCUUUACAAGGAACCUAAAAAAUAUGGGUUUGAGCUCCCACUUGUUGGUUGUUGUGGCUCUGGUGGCAAGUACAACUUUAACGGUAGAACUCUUGAUUGUGGAAGAACAGUUACAGUUAAUGGAAGACAAAUAUUUGCUGGCUCAUGCAAACGUCCUUAUGUUAAAGUGAACUGGGAUGGGAUUCAUUAUACUGAGGCAGCAGCCAAGAUUGUUUUUGAUAAAAUUUCAACUGGAGCUUUUUCCGAUCCACCCCUUCCUUUCAAACAAGCAUGUCACAGGAGUUUGGACUAA